CUCUGGUCGACUCUCAUCUUGAUUCUUAGUGGCAGUCAAUUCCCGUUCCUGAACGAUAAUGGCGACAGAAUCUACACCUAUAACAGAAACCACAGAUCUUUCGACAUUGUCACCAUCGCAGGUGUACGAACUCAACCAAGUACUUAUCCUGUGUCAGUCACUAUUUCAUUUGACGAUUCAUUUUAUUCCUUAGGAAGUUCUUGAUUCGGUCUUGGACGUUCGAAAACCUUUGAUUGGUUCUCAGUCCGCAAUAUCAGAUCUGAGAAUGGAAUACGAAAACGGCUCCUUGUCUUUCGUCAAACAAAUCGAUUGGUUGGAAAGACGCGGAUUCCUUUGGAUUCGACGAACAAGAGGUGACGGGGAUUGUUUCUAUCGAUCUCUCGCCUUUGCAUUUGUCGAGAGGCUUCUGAAAGCAAAGGAUCGCGGUGCAGCCGUCCAAUACGCGAUGGUUACUUUAAGCGAGUCACUUCAAAUGCUGGAGAACGUGGGUUUCGAAAAGCUGGUGUUCGAAGACUUCUAUGAUGUAUUGAAGGGCUUGGUGACGAAUGUGGUUGAGCCGGAUAAUGUUCUUGGAAAGAUUUUGGAUGAAGAGUCACUAUUGACAGCUUUUCAGGAUAAUACAACGUCCAACUCGAUCGUGAUGUAUUUACGGAUGCUCACUUCUGCCCAGCUCCGUCUAGAUCCCGACUUGUAUUCCCCUUUCCUAAUCCACUCCGAAACUGGUGAACCGAUGGAAGUACGUGAGUUCUGUGAACAUUUUGUUGAGGCUACGGGGAAAGAAGCAGAUCAUGUUCAGAUGACUGCUCUCUCGCGAGCGCUUCAAAUUAACGUCGACGUCGCUUACUUGGACGGCAGAGGUACAAAUGGCGAAGUUGAUUUUGUGACUUUACGGGACGCGACGGACACAGAAAUGAGUCCUGUAACUUUAUUGUACAGACCUGGUCAUUAUGAUAUCUUGAUACGAGAUGAUACUAGCGGGAAGAGCUUGUAA